AUGACUGUACAAAUGUUUAAAAAAGUUGUAUUAAAUCUGAAAUGUGACAUCAAUAUUUUUAUUAAAUGCUGUCAGUCUAGUCACUAUAUUUCUAAUGUUUCUUGUCAAAAUAUACAUAAAAAUCUUUUUUCUGACAAUAAAGCAUUAGUGGGAUAUUUCUCAAAUGAACAAAAUUUUUCAAAAAGAAAAACGAUUUCUUCCCACCAACAAGCAGUUACACAUAAAAUCCUUAAAGGAUCAUUAUUAUGUAGCAAGGAGGCAGUAUUAGCUAAAAAAGUUGCAAUUAAUCAUUAUGCUGUUACUGUAAAUAAUAUUAGACAAUAUGGAAGUUCAUCACCUGUAAUUGUAAAUGAAGCUUUUAAAUACAAUAGUGGCAUUUUCCAAAUAAUUUCUGAAAGUCUACCAGUUGCAUUGAUCACUGAUGCUUUGAGAGUAGUACAUUUUGAUGUAGGUUUACCAUGGUGGGCAACUAUUGUAUUCAGUGCAGUUAUUGCAAGAACAUUUAUACAUUUACCACUAACUGUAUAUGAUCAUCGAACCAGAGCUAGACACGAAAACUUACAAGGUGAAUUGAAGGAUGCAACAAGAAGAAUAAAAAUGGAUAUACAAAUGAAAGUGGCAACAAAUGAAAUAUCCUCAAAGCGUGCCAUGCUUCUUUUUGCAAAGAGAUUUAAAGAAGAGGCAAACAAAUUGUAUCAAAGAGAAAACUGUCAUCCAUUCAAAAGUGUAGCAAUAAUAUUAUUACAAGCACCAAUAUGGUUAAGUUUCUCAGUUGCAGUGAGAAACAUGUCGUAUAUGUUACCCGAGAGAACUCCUGUUACCUUUCAGGAUUACUUAGGAUUAACUCAUGGUGGUUUUGGAUGGAUACAAGAUCUUACUGACAUAGAUCAUUUAUUUGUGCUUCCUAUAAUUUUUACAUUCUCUGGUUUAAUCUUAAUAGAAAUAAAUCGAGUAUUAUAUAAUGUAGAUGAUACAAAACUGAGAAAAUUCAUCUUGUAUUUCCAUAGAGCAGUUACGAUUUGUUUUUUGCCUAUCAUGAUGUGUAUACCAUCGUCUUUAAAUUUGUAUUGGGCAACUAAUAAUUUCUGCUCAGUGUUACAAAGUCUAUUACUUUUGUCCCCAAAGUUUCGUAGAUUUGCAGGAAUAUCUAAAACCGCUAUAGAAUUGCAGCAUCCGUAUACAGAACUGCGUAAACGUUUAAUAGGCAUAUUUCGCUGGAAAAAAAGAUCACUAACGAAAACGUAA